AUGAGCAGGGUGCUGGGCACCAUAAAGAAGAAGUCUAACAAUGGUCCUGGUAUCCCUGCCGCGGCCGACGGAGAAACCCCCGAGGCUACGGCUGCGCGUUGUGUGAAAUUGUUUUGCGAAUCGGGUUCCAACAACUCCGGCGACGAAGUGCUCUUCCUACCCCCUAUCGUCGACGCCGCCGAGUCCUCCCCCGUCGCUGCGCAAGAAUGCGCGCGGCUGAUCCGAAAGUACCUGAAAAAGGACUACUGGACGGCGCCCUCAUACCAGUAUAACGCCAUUAUGCUGACUCGAAUCCUCGCCGACAACCCGGGUCAGACGUUCACCAGGAACAUCGAUCAGAAGUUCACCGAUACCACCAAAGACCUGCUGAAGAACGCUCGCGACCCGAGCGUGCGUCAGAUGAUGAUGGAGACCUUGGAGGCUUUCGAGGCUACGAAGGCCUAUGACGAGGGCCUAACUCUCAUUAUAGAUAUGUGGAAGAAGGAGAAGGAGAAGAUACAAAAGCAGUACGGGCGACAACCUACUCAACUCGCCUCCCCGCCCGCGCCACAGGCGUCGUUCAACCCGCAUUCCCAGAAUUACUUUGCUAGGAACCAUUCGAACCGGAAACUUCCCGACCCGGUGGAGCUAGCCAGCAGAUUGGAGGAGGCGCGCACGUCUGCUAAGCUACUCCAGCAAGUAGUCACCAACACGCCGCCGGUCGAGGUGCUCAGCAAUGACCUGAUCAAGGAAUUUGCCGAUCGCUGCACCAGCGCAAGCCGGAGCAUACAGAUGUACAUGACCGCUGAGAACCCGGCCCCCGACAACGACACCAUGGAGAGCCUGAUCGACACCAACGAGCAGCUCCAGGCGGCGCUAAGCCUGCACCAGAGGGCCAUGCUAAACGCGAGGAAGAUAGUGGCUGCUAUAGAGCCGCCGGCCCGCGAGCCGGUCAGCCCGAUAGAGUCGGAGCGAAACGGGAGCGCUUCGGACCUGGCAUCGGCGCCGCCCCGAAAGUCUAAUGGCAAAGGUAAAGAGCGGGAGCGCGAAUCGGCAGCGGCGGGCCCGUCGAGAACCCACACGCCCGCCGCCGAAGACGAUCCUUUCCGAGACCCCGAGCCGGAGCAGUCAGGAUCGGGCUCUCAGGCGGUCGGCCGUUCGUCGAACUACCAGGACGAGCCCCGGCUGGCGUUCGAGCCCUUUCAUCCAGGGUUCGAUACUCUGCAAGGUCAUGCCGAUAGGCCAGACGGUGGUCUCGGCAAGGAGACGAUGCGCGGUGCCUCCGGGUCCGCCUCCCGGCGCUCGCGGGAUUAUGACGACGACGACGACGACGACGACAACGGCUCCUCGUAUAACGGGGCCUCUUCUAAGAAAAAGGAGCCCAUCUAUCGUUAUUGA